CCAGCAUCCACUACGGACUAGGAGAAGAUUUACCGGUGAGUAAAAUCUUAUUUUCCAUAAUGUAUUUUAUUUCCAGCAGGUGGACACACAAGCAGGAAUAUUUCAGAAGGACAUCUAAUGUUAUCCCCGGAUUGUGACAUAAAAGAUAAUGACAGUAGACAGGAUUCUCCAGGAGAUAACCCCAUUACCCCAAUUAUACAUCCAGCUCUAUCAGCUGAUCCCUCUGAUCCUGGGAAAUGUUCUCCUAAUCACUCUGAUAUUGGAGCAUUUGUUACAGCUCUGAGAUUAGAUACAGUGUUUCCCUGUUCUAUAGAUGCCAAAUGUUUUACACAGAACACAAAGCUUAUUACCCAUCAUCCAGCUAAGGCAGGUGAGAGGCCACUGAUAUGUUCUGAGUGUGGGAAAUGUUUUACAAAGAAAUCAGCUCUUGUUACACAUCAGAGAAGUCACUCAGGUGAGAGGCCGUAUUCCUGUUCUGAGUGUGGGAAAUGUUUUACACAGAAAUCAUCUCUUGUUACACAUCAGAGAAGUCACACAGGUGAGACGCCGUGUUCCUGUUCUGAGUGUGGGAAAUGUUUUGCAUGGAAAUCAGAUCUUGUUACACAUCAGAGAAGUCACACAGGUGAGAAGCCAUUUUCAUGUUCUGAGUGUGGGAAAUGUUUCGCAUUUAAAUCAGUUCUUGUUAAACAUCAGAGAAGUCACACAGGUGAGAAGCCGUUUUCCUGUUCUGAGUGUGGGAAAUGUUUUGCAUGGAAAUCACAUCUUGUUACACAUCAGAGAAGUCAUACAGGUGAGAAGCCGUUUUCCUGUUCUGAGUGUGGGAAAUGUUUUACACAGAAAUCAGCUCUUGUUACACAUCAGAGACGUCACACAGGUGAGAGGCCGUUUUCCUGUUCUGAGUGUGGGAAAUGUUUCGCAUUUAAAUCAGUUCUUCUUACACAUCAGAGAAGUCAUACAGGUAAGAUGCCGUUUUCCUGUUCUGAGUGUGGGAAAUGUUUCGCAUUUAAAUCAGUUCUUGUUCCACAUCAGAGAAGUCACACAGGUGAGAAGCCGUAUUCCUGUUCUGAGUGUGGGAAAUGUUUUGUACGGAAAUCAGAUCUUGUCACACAUCAGAGAAGUCACACAGGUGAGAGGCCAUAUUCCUGUUCUGAGUGUGGGAAAUGUUUUGCACAGAAAUCAGCUCUUGUUCUACAUCAGAGAAGUCACACAGGUGUGAAGCCGUAUUCCUGUUCUGAGUGUGGGAAAUGUUUUGCACAGAAAUCAAAUCUUGUUACACAUCAGAGGAGUCACACAGGUGAGAGGCCAUUUUCAUGCUGUGAGAGAAAUAAAUCCGCUCUUGUUGAACACAUUAGACAUUACCCAAGUACGGAACCAUUUACAUCUUCUGGAGUAAGGGAUAAAGGUUUAGAUCUUGGUGUCCGUGCAUAUAGAUCUCCGAAGCUGGGGAGCAGUCCUUUGCAAGGGACGUAUUUCCAGAGGAUGAGGAGUGAAAUUGAAUUACUCUUGCAUUACAUUCAGGACUCUGCAAACUUUAUGGUGGAGGCUGUGAAGGAAAUUGGCCUGCUCAACACACAUGUUACGGCCAUGGCAGUGUCAGCACGUAGAGGCUUAUGGCUACGCCAAUGGACUGCGGAUGCGGAUUCCAGGAAAGGCAUGGAGGGCCUGCCCUUUACAGGUGAGGCCUUGUUCGGAGAUGAACUGAAUACUCCUUUCGGGCAGCAACAUUUAAAAACCGAUCCAAAGGUUCCUCCACUGCCUUCAGAGGUGGUCGAGGAAAAUCCAGAAAACCUGCAACUACAGGUUCUCAAGAAUAGAGCUCAGGUUCGGCUUCCUCAAAGCCUUCAGCAUAAUGGUGGACCACUCUGCCUGAAGAAAAGGCAGGGAUACAGACUGGAUUUUCAAGAACUCCCACCUCACAGAUUCUUCAAAUCAGGCUUACCAGCUUCUCAGGAAGCAAGUACAAUCCUGCAACAGGCAAUUCAAAAGUUGCCGUUUUCCUGUUCUGAGUGUGGGAAAUGUUUUGCAUUCAAAUCACAUUUUGUUACUCAUCAGCAUACUCACACAGGUGAGAAGCCGUAUUCCUGUUCUGAGUGUGGGAAAUGUUUUACACAGAAAUCAGCUCUUGUUACACAUCAGAGAAGUCACACAGGUGAGAAGCCGUAUUCCUGUUCUGAGUGUGGUAUAUGUUUUGCACAGAAACCAAAUCUUGUUACACAUCAGAGAAGUCACACAGGUGAGAAGCCGUAUUUCUGUUCUGAGUGUGGGAAAUGUUUCGCAGUUAAAUCAGAACUUGUUACACAUCAGAGAAGUCACACAGGUGAGAAGCCGUUUUCCUGUUCUGAGUGUGGGAAAUGUUUUACACAGAAAUCAGCUCUUGUUACACAUCAGAGAAGUCACACAGGUGAGAAGCCGUAUUCCUGUUCUGAGUGUGGUAAAUGUUUUGCACAGAAACCAAAUCUUGUUAGACAUCAGAGAAGUCACACAGGUGAGAAGCCGUAUUUCUGUUCUGAGUGUGGGAAAUGUUUUACACAGAAAUCAGCUCUUGUUACACAU